CCAUAGUUGAGAGAAUAAAGAGACAAACAUGUCAUUGGAGAAAAAACGCAAGGUUGAAGACUAUGGUCUAGAUUUCAAGGGUUCUGCCGAAAAAGAAGAAAGCGACGAGAAACAURCUGCUACUAGCAACUCCGAAGAGAAAAGCAAGAGUCCAGUUCUCAAGAAUGACGACGGUGAUUCCUUUUUUGAACUCUCUUCCAAACGGCGUUGCACUGUCCGAUCUUUCAAGGGAAAUAUUUUGAUCGAUAUUAGAGAGGUAUGCAGGGCUGAUUUUUUUGGCUGAAGUUACCCAAAUGAUACGUUGUUCUUUCCUUUCUCGGAGCGGUAUCUUUUCUUUGUUUUCCUGCCUAGUCGAGGAUUGAUUUUUAUUUUCAUUUUGAACAACACCGAACUGUCCAGUCGAGCCUUUUGUUCUCCACUCACUCUUUAUCCGUAUCUCUCCCUAUUCACCAAACGCAGAUGUAUGAAAAAAAUGGGAAGGCAUUGCCUGGGAAAAAGGGUAUUUCGAUGAAUUUGGAUCAGUAUGAGACCCUUCGUGAUUUGAUCAAGGAUGGCCACAUCCAGAGAGAAGUGGAAGCAUUACAAAAAGAAUGAUUGAUGAUUCGCUUUGAAAGAAAGGUAACGAUAUGUA